ACUAGAGCUAGCUCUAUCGACAACAAGUUUUAUAUUGUUUUGCGUCGAUAUUAAGCUAGUACUGAGCCAGUUCUCUACAUAAGCACAUAGCAUUCGUUCGCAUAUCUAGUUGCAAUCGAGCUGUACAAUCAAGCAAACACAGGAUGUUGUGUUUUAUUCUUAUCAGCUUGCUUUCACUAAGUAGCACUGCCCGAGCCUUUGAACCAGUUGUGGCAUUCACGGAAUGGGAAAACCAAGCAUACUGUCCGGAUGGAACUAACAGUGGCUGUAGCACCAUUGGCAACACAAAAGCAACGUUCACAAUGGUAAAUGCUGAAGAGACGUCCCAGUUUACCAUAGCGCAGUUGAAAGGUAUAGGCCAGAAUGUUGGUUGCUACAUUUCGGCUGGUUCAUUCUACUCUUACAGUGCCAGCGCCUCAGAUCUAGAUGAAACCGUCAAAGGAAAUCCAGUGAACCCAGACUCCGAUAGCUUGGAGCUUUGGUUCGAUAUAACGCUUUGGCAGGAAGAGAUCAAACCAUACAUGAAAGCUAUGAUCGAGCAAGCGGCGGCAAACGGAUGUGAUGCUAUUCUAUUCGACAAGCUGAAUUGCUAUGCGAACAACUGCACCGUCAUCGAACGCCCACAAAACGUACUAGAGUUGCACCAAAUACAGUACAGUAAGUGGUUGGCACAGACCGCACACGAUGUCGAUGUGGCUGCGGGACUGGGAAGCAACGCAGAUCAAGUCGCAGAUCUCGUGAACUUUUUUGACUUUGCGCUGAGUCCCGAUUGCAUGGCAGUGGGUAACUGUGCCAAUUACCGACCCUUUGUUCAGCAGAACAAAGCAGUUUUCGGUACAGAAGUAGGUGUAAAAACGCAAGACGACGCACUAGCGGUAUGUAAAUCCGCGCUUAAUCUGGGCAUGGCGUGGCUCUACACCACUCCCAAUACCCAAGACAACUGGGUCGCAUGCAAUGAGAUCCAGAUGACCUGUAUCAACAACGGUUGGGGGUGCCCAACACCACUCGUGCCAUCCCUCUCGUACUCCCAGGGUGUGUGUCUGGACAAUGUGUGUACAGACGAGGUAUGCUGUGCGAAUGCCCCCCAGUGCGCUCUGGCAGUUACUUGUCCCGCUAUACGCGAACCGCUGUCGGAUUUCGCAAUUAGGACAUGCAGUGGCGAGAGGUGCGAGCUGAGUGAUUGUUGCCAAGCCCCGACAUGCGUGGCUAGCAAUGUCAUCUGCGAUAAAACCCGAAGUCCAGGCCCAAAGUUUAACUACGAUCGGAUCAAAUGCCCCGGUGAUUUCUGCACUGUGGAAGACUGUUGCGAAGCCUCUCUCACGUGCGAUGCUUUCGAAUGUCCCCCGGAGACGUCGACCAUAAUUGAUCAGCCAGAGCAGAAGCAGUGUGCUGACCAGGUGGGCGGCUGUACGACCACGGACUGCUGUAAACCUCUACCAAAGUGCUGGGAGCAGAUCAAUGACUGCGGUGAGCAAAUUCCGGCGGCUGACUAUGCCACUAAGACAUGUGCCACUGAAGUAUGCGAUCCCGCCGAGUGUUGUGCGAGUGUGUUCUUCAUGUACGAGGAUGGGCCCGAACCCGGAGCCUUCUACCAAUCCCCUUCGCCACGUGGAACGCCUAUGCCAUCUCCUUCACCCGAAGUAGUGUGGGAAGUACCUGAUGUGACGGAAGUAAAAGGUUUGUGGUCAUCCUGGGGUGCGUGCAGUGCCGAGUGCAACGGUGGGGUGCAGUACAGGGUCUGUUCGCAAAGAAUCUCAGGUGCGUGCGGAGAUGGUUUGGCGUGGAAGAACUGCAACGAGUUUGAAUGUAGUCAGGUGAUCGCCCAACCGACCCCAAGUGCCAACAGCAAUACCAACAACAAUAACACGAGUAACUCAGAUACCCCUGCGUUCACGCUCCCAACGGCACCGCUUGUGCCGGGUAGUGUCGAACAACCAGUUGAUGGGGCCUGGUCAGAUUGGUCGCCUUGUAGUCAGUCUUGUGGAUCCGGAAUUCGCCAACGUGCAUGCAAUAAUCCAUCUGCAUUGAACGGAGGUGCGUACUGUACAGGCAUUUCGAUUGAAUCCUGCAACAUCUUCACGUGCGGUAGCGGUGGGUUCGAAGCCAUCCUCCCGAACGCAGGAAACACCGACACAGACGGCUCAACCGUGGUGAACCCCACACUCAAACCACUCGACAACGCCUGUACCAAUCAGUUGCUGAACAACUGCGAUGCUAAUGCCAUCUGUGAGACGGUGAAUGGCACGUCUUUCAAGUGCACUUGCAGACCGGGCUUUACGGGCACUGGUGAGCUGUGCUCUGAUACCACUGCCCCCAUCAUGCGUUGCCCCGAGCGACUGUACGAAAGUGCACCGCUAGGUCAGCCUGGCACAAUGAUCCCCUUCACUCAACUAAUCACCGCCGUGGACAACGGGAAUCUUGCCGGCGAAGUGGAGUGCAACAUGGACAGUGGCGCCUUCUUCGGUAUCGGCCUGACAGACGUCACGUGUCAAGUGUCUGACCUCUCAGGAAACAUCGCGACAUGCACAUUCCCGAUAGUCGUUGUCAAACCCGAUGCGGCGCUGGCGACUGCCAUUGUCUCAGUUGGCACCACAGUCACACCGGCACCGUCUCCUGUAUCUAGCAAUCCAACAGCUGUGAAUUCGCCUGUCGCCUCGCUAGUUCCUGUAGUACCGACUACGAUAGAGCUACCCCCUGGCCGAACCUCGGCCCCCGUUCCGGUAUCACCCGCGGCCACAAUUCCGGUACUCUCUCCCUCAUCCAUACCGGCUUCGCCAUCACAAGUACCCGUACCUGUAUCACCCUCUCCUGCAGCAGCUUCUAGUUCGCCAUGUGUACCAACCACAGUUCCUUGUCCUGCUGGUAAUUCUGGGGUGUACACAGUACCGUGUACGUCCGCUGGGGUCCAGGGUGAGCUCGAAGGCGAGUGUGUGGCGUGUGAAGAAGGCAACUACUGUGUAAACGGCGUGCAAACCCAAUGUCCUUCAGACGCUUACGCUGCGAAGAUGGGCCAGCAAGCAUGCCUUCCCAUCCCUGAUGGCUACUUCUGUUUGGACACGGGCGUGUCUGUGGCAGGUCUGGAUGAGCGUGCACUAUCCAUUACAUCAGGCAAUCAACCAUCACCAACCGGGUGUACGGCAAUCACGCAGUGCCCGGCAGGGUUUGCGUGUCAACAGGGUAAGGUGGCCACGUGUGGUUCGGCUAGAUCGCUGUACCAGGACGCACAGGGGCAGGCAACGUGCAAAGUAUUCAACCCCGCGGAACUGGUGUGCGAGGACUCGACGGCUGAGCAAUGCACCAAAGUUGUGUCGAAGUUCACACUCGCGGCGGGUGAGAUGAUGUACCCCAACCAACGCGUGCUACAGUCCAACUGUGGACACACCUUCAAGAUAGGUGAGGAUGGCAAUUUGGUGGCUUACUAUCAGGACACUCCUUACUGGGACGCUGGUACCAAUGACAUGGGCCAGAGCCCGUACCUGCACAUGAAGGUUGACGGCAAUCUUGAAGAGUGGGUGUCCACGCGCAACGAGCCCCUGUGGCAGACGAAUACGGCUGAUCCUCGGGGGACAAAGCCAUUUUCGUUCAUGCUGCUGGACAGCGGUAACCUCGUGGUUGUAGAUGGCAUUGGAAUCAUCAAGUGGCAGACCAAUGUCUUAAAGGGCCCGUGCAUCCCCGAUUAUUAGAUUUAAUCUUUGAUCAGAUGUGUUCGCGAUUAGACCUUCCAUGCGCUGGGCGUGUGGAUUAGUGAUGGUGGUUGUGAGAUGCGAUUGCGGUAAAGAUGGUGUGGUACAUCUGCCGCUGUAUAUCGCAACAUAGAAUGGGUAUUUAGCGUGUGCGAUGUGUGUCCAAGCUUCGCUCAGAUGAUGUAGGAAAGAAGAUCGAGAUCUGAAAAGAUGAAAAUUGGGAAGAAAAGUAUUUAGUACAGUAGAACACCACUGAGAGAACACUGGUGUGCGGUCUUAGUAGACUGGAAGCUUUAUACAUGCAGGAUUGAAUCCUGGUGCAUAGUGUAAAGUAGGAAAACAUGCUGGAUUGGAUCCAUGUAUGUAGUUUGAAAAUAAGAAGACGAUAUAGGGAAUUACAUUCCUGUAUGUAGUGUGCAAAUAUGAAACAUGCGGGAUUGAAUCUUAGUAUGUAGUUUGAAAAAAAGAAUAAAAUAAACCAAAAA